AUUAGAGUUGGACCGCGGGGGAGCUGCGAAAAGAAAUCGACUACGGCAGUUAUUCCUCCUAGUGAGUACCAUUAGUUGCCUUACUAGUUACACCAGACGAUACCCAGGGACCAUUCCUACUCACUUCAGUAUCUACGCUUGCAUUCUAGGCAAAGCUGGCAUAGGGUUUUGCGGGUCGGUACUUGACCCGCUAUCUCCGCAGAUCUAGGCAGAUUCGACUGCGUCAGCAUGACGUCACGGUCGCGUCCGUAGCUCUGAGAAGCUUCUCGAGCCUAUCGUCUUGAUUGGUGGCAUCCUAGGUCUAUAAUCCUGGCCUAUAUUGCCGCCUAACCUGAAGUUAUCGUGCUUCGCUUCCCAGGUGCGGUGCGCUCCUUAUACAGAAAACCGUACCAAGAGCAUUCGUCGGUCGUCGUGCGUGCUGCUAGUUAAAGUCAUUUCGCGAACAGAUCGUCUCUUCUAAAAGCGGUUCAAGCUAAUCUGCAAGUCGAAAGCCAUUGUAGCGGUUUAGCAAACAGUGAGCCGUCGCAACUGUUUCGCAUCGCAGCACAAGGCCGAAGUAACCAUUUCGGGUUGCCAGCAGCAGCGAAACGAAGAAGAUGCGGAAGCGGGAGCGCGAGAACCCGUGCUUCAUCUGCGGGCACUACCACAAGUACGAGGAGGGCGAGCCGUGCGGGGUGUGCGGCCACCGCCUCAUCGCCGCGGACGAGCGCAGCAGCGGCGGGGGCGCGGCGCAGGCGCACAGCGCAUUUUCGUCGGAGAUCCUCCCCGGGUUCCUCUUUUGCGGCAGCUACGACAACGCGUCGCGGUCGGAGCUUCUUAAAGCGCAGGGGAUCAGCCGGAUACUGAAUACGGUGCCCACGUGUCAGAACCUCUAUAAGAACUCUUUCGUUUAUCACACAGUCCAAGACAGCAAAGUCAUUCCCUUUGAGGAGUGCAACGAAUUUAUUGAGCAAUGUCAGCGGGACCAGGCGAAGGUGCUGGUGCACUGCAUGUCCGGCCAGAGCAGGUCGCCAGCAGUGGUGGUGGGCUACCUGAUGAGGGCCAAGGGGGUGAAGCUACCAGAGGCUGUUGCAUGGUUGAAGGAGAGACGGCCGUCAGUCAACAUACAGCCCGCCAUGCUGGAGCAACUGCAGGCUUUUGAAGCCCGUCUCUUUGGAGGCUCUGCUGCUCUUAAUUCGUCUCAGCCGCAGCCGCAGCAGCAGCAGCAGCAGCAGCAGCAGCAGCUUUUCCAGCAACCAGCAGCUGCAUCUGACCACAUUACUCCGCUCUCUGCCCCCGGGCAGUUCCCCAGUAACGCUUCCUCCGCCCCCUCCUCCUUCCCCCCUCUCCCCAAUUUCCCCUUCCCCAUGCCGCCGCUUCCCCUGGGCCCUGACGCCAACCCUGCUGCUGGUGCCGGCGCUCCGUUUGCAGGCCUGCCGCCUCUAGCCCCUGCCAUGCCCUCUUUGGCCCAUGCACCUUUCCCGCCAGGUGGCGGUUUGCCAUUCGCUUUCCCUGGAAUGGGACCUGGUGCUGGGGGCAACCCGCCAGAGGGGUUCGUGUUUGGGGCAGGGCCGACGGGGGGAGGUGCCACAGGGCUGGGGGAGAAUGGGGGAGGUGGACAAUGAGUGCAGCUGAGAACAUGUUUGGUGGGGGGGGGGGGAAGUGUCGGUCAAUGCCUAGAAUCGGCGGGUUGGGCUUGGUAAACGUCUCAUCCUCUCAAGUGAAGGAUGGUUGUGUUAUAGCACCCAUGUACAAAGUAUGGUAUGGCAACGCAUGCUGUUUACGACGAGGGUUGGAUGUAGGUGUUGACGAUAUCUAGGUUUAUCUGUAAAGUACACCCUCUUCUAGCAUACUAUGCUGUGUAUGUUUCCUGACGUUCUAAGGAUGCUUUU